GAUUAAUAGAUUGAUUAUAAUCUGUAAGUUCAGCUAUCAGUCAGGAGUAGUCCUCAUUUCCUUGCCAAUUCUAUUUCAAGCUAGUAGAAUGCUCCCCUUGCUUAGUCCGAUGUUUGAGGAUCUACUCGAGUCAAAAUAGCACUAUCGUAUUUAGUUGCAUGUCUAAUUUUCUUUUCGUUCAAAUGGAAGUCAGCCAAAAAUAGCUACGUGCAAAGUUUCUUAACCCUUUUAUCUUGCAUUCUAUUUUAAGCAUUGUCUUGCCUACAUAAAUCCAUUUCUGGGAUCCUGCAAAACAAUCAAUUAAACCUUUUGGGUUUUGAGGAUAACAUUGGAGAUGGCGAAUGCUAUGAGACUGUGCACCUUGGGUCUUUUCCUUUUGUCCUGCUGGACGUGUGAGGCAGGCAGCAAGGUUACCAAGGCAGUGGAUGCUAAUAUGAAAUACAAAGAUCCUAAAGUGCCUGUCGAAGAUAGAAUUACUGAUCUAUUGAGUCGAAUGACUCUUGAAGAAAAGGUCGGUCAGAUGACACAGAUUGAGGUACCAGUUGCCACUCCUGAGAUCAUGGAGAAGUACUUCAUUGGGAGCUUGUUGACUGGUGGAGGAACUCAGCCUGUUAAAGAUGCGUCUGCAAAGGACUGGGUGGACAUGAUCAAUAAGUUUCAGAAAGGAUCUCUGAAAACUCGACUUGGGAUACCUAUGAUUUAUGGGAUCGAUGUUGUUCAUGGCCACAACAAUGUUAUUAAUGCCACCAUUUUCCCUCAUAAUGUCAAUCUUGGUGUUACCAGGGAUCCUGCUCUUGUCAAGAAGAUUGGCGAGGCAACUGCUGUGGAAGUUAGAGCUACAGGAAUCCCCUAUGCUUUUGCUCCAUGCAUUGCGGUUUGUAGAGAUCCGAGAUGGGGGAGAUGUUACGAGAGCUACAGUGAAGACCACAAGAUCGUUGAAGAGAUGACUGAUAUAGUUAAUGGCUUGCAAGGGGACCUCCCACCCAAUUAUCCAAAGGACUACCCGUUUAUUGGAGGAAAGGAUAAGGUAGCAGGUUGUGCCAAACAUUAUAUUGGUGAUGGAUGCACGGUUAAGGGCAUCAAUGAGAACAACACCAUCAUCGACAUGAAAGAUUUGAUGUCCAUGCUCAUGCCGGCUUACGAUCUGUCGGUCCAGAAAGGUGUUGCCACAGUUAUGAUAUCUUAUUCAAGCAUCAACGGGGUAAAGAUGCACGCCAAUAAAAAGCUGAUUGACCUUCUCAAGGAGAAGUUCAAGGGUUUCGCCAUCUCUGAUUGGCAAGGAAUUGACAGGAUCACUUAUCCACCUGAUGCCAAUUACACGUACUCCGUUCAGGCCUCCAUUUUAGCUGGCCUCGACAUGAUCAUGGUUCCUGACAACUACACAGAUUUCAUUGGGAACCUGACGAAAUUGGUUAAUGAUAAAGUCAUUCCAAUGAGCCGCAUUGAUGAUGCUGUGACCAGAAUCCUGAGGGUCAAAUUCUUGACAGGCCUCUUUGAGAACCCAAAUCCAGACUACAGUAUGGUGGAUAUGAUUGGGACAAAGGAGCAUAGAGAACUGGCCAGAGAAGCUGUGAGGAAAUCUCUUGUGCUCUUGAAAAAUGGCAAGACGGAGAGUGAACCCAUCUUGCCCCUGCCUAAGAAGACCAAAAAGAUCAUUGUUUUGGGAUCCCAUGCUGACAACUUGGGAUAUCAAUGCGGCGGCUGGACCGUUGAAUGGCAGGGAUACUCUGGCAAUGACAGGACUUCAGGAACUACCAUUCUGAAAGCGAUUACCAACACGGUGGAUCCAAGCACACAAAUCCAGUUCAGUGAGAAGGCCGACCCUGAGUUCCUCAAGGCCAACAAAGACGCAGACUUUGCAAUCGUGGUGGUGGGGGAGAAGCCAUACGCAGAGACCAAAGGCGACAACCUGAACCUGACCAUCCCUCAUCCGAGCCAGGAGGUCAUCAAGAAGUCGUGCACCAGUGGGAUCAAAUGCGUCGUGAUCCUCAUCUCAGGCCGGCCCCUCGUUGUCGAGCCGUUCCUGCCAGCGAUGGAUGCAUUUGUGGCGGCUUUCCUUCCUGGCUCUGAAGGCCAAGGAGUUGCUGAUCUGCUGUUUGGGGACUUUGGCUUCACUGGGAAGUUGGCCAGGACUUGGUUCAAGAGGGUUGAUCAGCUCCCCAUGAACUUUGGGGACAAGAACUACGACCCUUUGUUCCCCUUUGGGUUUGGCCUUGAGACCAAGAAGGGCGAUGGACAGGGCGAGUUGUGAUAAAUUUUUUGGGUACUAACAGGAUUAAGAUAGAACUCAAUUGCUAUGUUCCCUUUUUUUUUCUGGAGGGACUGGAUUUAUAAAGAGCCAUUAGGCUCUGCAAAUAGUUUAUGGGGAUAAACUAUUAUUGAUAUUAAACACAUGAGUUGAAUUUAUUUUAGUCAUAAUUUUCUAUCAUUCAUGUAAAUCUUUUUUUUUUCUUUCGCUGUAAUGUAAUAGCAAUCUACUUAUUCAUCCAUUUAGAACAAAUUUUUAACUAUGUUAGAAUGGUUCUCUAUAUGGGAAAAUGAAACCUAGUUUGGGCUAAAAUUCCUAUUCCUCUUAGGCUAAGACUCUGAAAUUAAUCACCCAACCCAAGUCACGUUACAACAAUCCUUGUCUAUCAAGGAUUCCAAGUCCUACAAAGAAAAUGACACAUCUUUGGAAUUCUUAGCGUGCAUCCUACUCGUAAACGGAGUUGUUAGGUCACGCUUUAAAGUUUAAGAACUUACGCUUGUACGAUUUUUAUGUAAUCAAAAUGAUUUUAUGUAGAAUCACGCUUUUCAUCACUAAUGUAGUCAAAAUCGCGGUUUAAAGCUUUACUCUUUUACACUUCCAGGACACCAAAAAGUUUCUACGUAGAAUCGAGCUUUUGACUGCAUGCUUUCGCCACCUCAGCUCCAAUUGAGUACCGUUACAUAAACCAUGAUACAGUUAAGAAAGGCGUUGGAAAAACAAAAUAAUAAUGAAGAAGAUCAUAUUUGUCAAAACUUUAAAUACGUUUAGAUAUUUUUUAUGUUUUUUUUUUAAUACAUUUGCUAUUAUACCCGUCAAACGUUUGACCAUACCAACUCUGUUUUGCUUUCUACUACACUUAAUUAUAAUCUCUCGACCACCAGCUACCCAAAUUUUUUACUUUAGACAAGAGUGGAGUUUCUCGUUCACGUACAUAACCUAUUUUGCCAUACUCAAAUCAUCACAAGCCACUGAUGAAACCCAUCAUUUUCAAGAAUCCACUGAUUCCAUCUAAGGUUUCGAGGAAUCCACCAGUUACCAGUAGUUGAGAGACUUCCUGGUCUGAAAGCUCAACCAAGAGACCAGGUUUGGUUUCAUCACCUAUGUAUAUAUCUUUUUAUUUAUUUAUAAAUUCUUGCAUUUUCUCUUGUUCUGAUUGGAUGGACAAUAUGCCAACUCUGUUUUGGUAUUGGAAUUUGAAAGUAGAAAGAAAUUAAAUGAUGGGUUUGUUCGAGCAAACAACUUGUUUACUCGUUUUCCAUUUAGAGAUUUCUCUUGUAUGUGACGGUUAAAUAUUUCCCGUAAUGGAAAGUGGGCCAGAAGGAGAUACCGAGUGAAGAGUCAAAGACUAUGCUCGGGGGCGAAUCUUAAACUUGGAGUCUCUGUGGGUUUGUUGAUGUAUAAGAAUUUUCAUAGUUUAAUGUGCAAAAAUUUGUCCAAAUUUUCAACGCUAUUUGAAACUGAUUUCUUGAAUUAGGGAUAAUGAUUUUUGGUUUGACAUGCUUGCUCUUUGCUCUGGUUCCACCUAGUUGGUUUCAAGAUUUUAUCGAGUCACAUGUAGGGCGAGACGUGAAUCUUCAUCAUCUUCGAUAGAUCAACACGUCUUGACUUGUGGUCAUACUGAUACACCAAACCUAUCGCAAACCCCUACAAUAAAAAAAAAAACACCGGCAUGAGCAUUCAUUUAUUUGUCAACACUGUUUUGUUCUUCCCGUUGCCAUUCCCAGGUCCGAGAUACACAAUCAUACGUGUGUUGAAAACACUCUUCAAUUGCAAUAACUUCCCGCUCUUCCUUUACGGACGCUUUUUUUUUUGUCUCUAUACAUCACGCUUUUGUCAUUCAACCCUAAUAUACACAUUUUCAUCCU